AUGGCCGAGAAUGUGAUAGAGCACGUUGAGAUAUCUCGGGCUGACAUUUACCGUGGCAUCACGUACAGAAGCAUUGAUCAGGCAGGUUCAGAAAGCAACAGCUACUGUGGGGAAAACUUAUCCUGGAGCAUCCUGCAGAAUGGGAAAGGGUUUUCUGCAUGGCACAGUGAUGCGGAGAUGCCCCUCACAAUGGACGUGUUUGGUAGGAUAGGAGUCUACUUGAACUACCCCAGCAGGACCUUGUCCUUUUACGGGGUCAUCUAUGAUGAUGUGACCUCGAUGCAUCAGGUCGAGUAUGAUUUUGUCAAGUCCCUCUACCCCGACUUUUGGCUUUUACAGGAAGAAAACUGUCAAGCUAAUGUGGCUGCAGGAAGAUACGGAGAAGAUCCCGGCCUCCUUGCCUUCCUUUGGGGAGCUGCUCCCUUGAAAACAUCUGAGUCAGAAGGACUGUCCAGUUCCCAGGUUAUGGUGUGA